AUGAAUGGACCAACAUCUGAUUUGCUCAGCACUGCCACCCAGGGCAGCACAGACUCAUCGCACAUGGAGGCUGGACCCUCGGCAGCUGCGCAGCCGACGCUGCUCAGCGCAGAGUCAGUAGAAAAGGCGAACGCAAAGAGGGCCAGCAGCAGCCGCAGCAACAGCUUUUCUAGUGAGGGCAUAGCAUCCUCAGAGACUUCUGCAACUGUGGGUGGUCCCUCAGGCACUGCAGAUCCACCUGCACUGUCAGCACAUGGGGAUGAAUCAGCGCUCAGCGAUCACAAAGCAGAGCUUGCCACAGCAGCGGCAUUCGGCGGCACAGCGCUAUCAGCUGCAGGUCUCCCAGUAGACAGCAAGGUGGGGUGCGUGCCAGAAGAGGCGGCAGAGGAAAGUGGGCAGGCUGGGCAGCUGUCCUCUGCCCAGGGUAGGCAGCCCGAGGCUUCGGCGCCAGAUCAGGCAACGCGCGCACCGGUGGAGGGAACGUCGGUUGCAGAUGCAGACCAGGACGCCAGCUCAGCCCCAGCUGCCAAGGGCGCCAAUGUGGCUGUUUCAGCUGUCGUGGGCGUGGGGCAUUCAGAGCAGCAACCUGUUCAUGCGCAGACUCAGGAGCCACUGGUGUCCCUGAACACAGGCAACCCAUUUGCGCGGGGCCUGUCGCGGCCGUGCAGCCCGGUGAACGCAUUCGCAGCGCACACCCGCUCGCGCUCGAUGCCUUCGUUUUUGUUCGACGACCCCCGGCCCUCCUCCGCGCCUCCCUUUGUCGGCAGCCCCACGGCCGCCGCUGCAGCGCAGGUGCAGGCUACACAGGCGCCAGAUCAGGAUGUGCCACCUCAACAUGCGCCAGGUCAGCAUGCGCCAAAUCAGACGAGUGGCGCAUGGCUGUACCAGGUGCAGCCGUCGCCGGGGGUGUGGCUGGAGGGAACGCGCGCCAGACCCGUCGAUGUCAUCCUCUCUGAAGUUGGGGCCGCAGCGGCAGGGCCAAUUCAUGCGCGGCAGCAGCGGCAGCCGGAGAGAGAUAUUGCUGACAGAUCAGGAACCUCUGCCGCUGACUCGCUGGCCCCACUCCCCGCUCACGCCGCUGUCACAGCCGCCCCUGCACCUGCAGACACUCUCCCAGCAAUCACAGAACAGGGGGACCAGGCGGCUUCAUGGGACUAUUGUUUCCCAGAGGCGGAGUGCACGUUCCCUCCCCAGCACUCCACCUCAGCAGAGCAGACUCCAGGGCAGCUGCAGAGGCCACUGGCGGAUUUCGACUGCGGCUUCUCCACCGAUAUGGGCGCCGCUGCUUCCCGGCAGCUGCCAGAAGCCGGUCCUCCCACCUCCGGAUCAGCCGUCGCCGGGGGGUCCUCCUGCAGCCGAGGGAAUCCGCUUCCAAAUCAAUUUACCACGGCAAAGCAGCCACCGCCGGGGGUUCCUGCAUGGACGGAGGGGACCACGAACUUCCCCCUUCUGCUGCCAAAGCGCGAGGCGCCACCGCCGCCGCUGCCGCCGCCGGCAGUGUCGGCCGUAAACCCGGCGUGGCAUUCCCUGCUGCCAGCUCAUGACAUGGGGCAUCACCUGCGGUCUCUGACAGAGCUUUCCAGUUUGUCAGAGGGCAGCGAGGUCGGCUGUGAGGGGCCAAGUGUAGUGGCGGCGGAUGACGUGGCGCUGACAUGGCGCCCCAUGCGCCAGGCGGACAAGGACAGCUGCCGCAGGGCGGGGCACACAAAACAGGGCCGCAUCACUGGCAGGCUCUUUCUUGCCACACGGUGCACCUAUCAGAGCAAGGAAGGGGGGCACGCGAAGUUGGGAGGGGUGUCCAGGGAGGACGCAGAGAUGGUGCACAGGGAGCUGCGUUUAAAAGAGCCAUUCGAGUCUGUGUGGGCGCUGGCGGACUGGAACGCCGCCGAACGGCUGAGCGAGACGCAGUUCAUGCUCUUCAUGUUCCUGCUGAAAAUGCUGAAGAAGGGACGCCCCCUGCCGCCCCGCCUCGGCCUCACGCAGGCGCGUUCCCUCUUGCAUCCAAGAGUGUCCUACCUACUGGGCAUUCCAGCAGAGCAGCUGCUGCCACCAGCCACAAGCAUGCCACAACUCCUGCCCUGGCCCGAGUUAGUUCCACCCACCCCGGAGCUCCUGCCACAGCCUGCAGUCACUGGGAACGAACCUCUCCAAGAUCCUGCCACGCAGCUGCAAGCAGCUGACAGGCAGGUUGGGAACGCGCCGAACGUGCAGGCGCAGCCGCGGCAGCCAUCCGAUCUCAUACUCCGGCUGGCAGCUGGCGCAAAGGCGGCGCAGCAGCAGGCGCCUGAUCAGGCUGCGGCCAGUCCAGAGGGAGUCAGCCUGAAGCAGCCGCUGCAGGCGGGCGCGGGGGGCGUUAGGGGGCGUUCUCCGCCGCUGCCGGCUGGGAGCCCCUCCUUCUGGCAGCCCUUCGGGGCCGGCCGCGCGGCAGGUAAUCCCCGCCCGGCAUCUGCCCCGAGCCCGACGGCCGUGCGCGCGGCCGCCGCAGCCGUAGGGGGUCCCUUCGGCCGGGGGGUCCCCGCGCCAGAUCAGGCCACCCGCGACAUCUGGCGCCCAUUCGACGGCGUGCCUGCCAACGGCCUCAGGGCCCAGAGCCAUGCGAACGGAUCCGGGCUCUUCGACACGUCGACCGCCUCGGACGAGGAGUGGCAGCCAUUCGAGCGCGCUCCCGUUGUGAAUUCGAAUAUGGAUUCAAACGAGUCACAGUGGCGGCCGGACGCCUGGGCGGCAGAUAACGGGCAUCCCCCGGUGCAUGCGCAGUCAGUGCCUGUCUCCUGGGGCGAUGCCGGCGCCCGGCCGCCAACCCGAGCCGCCAGCGCUUCUGCUGAGGGCCGGGAGCAGGCGCGUAUUUUGAACGGGACAGGUGCGCGGAGAGGGAACGCGCAGGGACUGCCGCCGUCUGGGCAGCAGCAGGCACGCCCCCAGACGGCCGACCUGCUGUCCACCUGGCCACAAAGGAGCAGCCUCAGAGAGGGCAUCCCGAGCCCUCGCCGCGCCUCCCCGGCGGCUCCCGGCUCAGGGGCCACGACACCGCGCUCGCUGUCACCGGACAGUCACCCGCCCAGUCAUCACCCGAUGACUCAUCACCCGCCGAGUCACCAGCCGGCAGGCGCUGUCAGCCUCUACAAGCAGCCCACCCUGCGAUCCGGGCCCUCUGCAGGCGGCGUGCGACUGCUGGCGAUAACAAUAGAGCGCGCCAACCUGGACUAUCGCAAGCCGCUCGACCGGCCGGUGUUCUGCGUGUCGCUGCACGACGCAGACGGCCGGCCGCUUGAAUCGCCCCAAGACACCCCUCCCGGACAUUUCGACCGCAGCGGCCGCUGCGUCGGCGCGGGGCACACUGUGAUCUUGCGUACGCCCAUGCGCCAGAUGCCACCCGAGGCGGUGGUGUAUGUGGAGCUGAAGCACUGGAAGAGCGCCAGCCGGAAGAUGAGCGUGCUUGGAUGGUCCUUCGCGCCAAUAGAGACCCUUGUCGAUGCGUCAUCUCCCCCGGAUGACCCCACCCCUCGCGCAGGUCAGCUGUUCCUGCACCUGUGGAGGAAGCCGCUGGAUCUGACUGCGCACCAGAGGAGGAUUCAACUCAAGGCACUGCACCCGCACGAGCACGAUCUGUUUCUCACAAUUGCCAGCGCCUGA